AUGUCUCAAUAUUUCUCGCGGAUCAAACAAAUCUAUUUGGGAAUUAUUCCGAUAUAUCCACUUGGAUAUAUUAUGGUACAUGGUUUUCGUGGAGAUCAAAUUUGGGCGAAACCAUAUUUAAACAGGAGUUCACUGGAACCAAGCGAGAGUUUGAAAGAGCUCGUCGAGCACGAAAUGGAUAAAAUGGAAGGAUUGAAAAAGUCAAAGUUCCACGUGGUAUUGACCGAUGAAAUGGAGCCAAAAACGUAUGGAGGACUGUUCCUGAGCAGUGGUGCAGAACUACAAUUUCCACUUCGAAUGACACUUGAUGACGUGGAAACUGCACGGAGAAUCGGAGCCAAUUUAGAAGUUGAUUUAGGAUUAAGUAAACAUCGAAGAAAAAUUGAAAUGAACAGUGAAACAGGAGAUGAAAUUAUUUCACGAUUAAUGCUCUCAGAUGCUGCCAAAAUGUUUGUUGUUCAACGAGAAUUACAAAUUGCAAACAGUGGCGAAUAUUUCUGUGCUCCAAUCUUCGCGUGGAUUGGAAUUUCAUCAAUGAGUUAUGGAGUAUUAAACGGUAUCGCUAUGAUGGCUGGUCCAUAUUUGGCAACUGUAGCUGCUCUCACAUUCACUUUCGCUGCAUUUUCACAAUUUUCAAAACAUUUUGAGUCUUUUAAAACUACGAGAUCUGAUGAGGAUACUGUAGUUAGAGGUGAUGAAUAUGCGAUCGGAGGUAUUGAUUAUUUGGAAUCUACAAUGAAAUUAAACAGAUUAUAUCGAAGGAUUCUUGGCGAAGAAGGCGAGCGACAAAUAGCACGUAAUGGUGACGUCAUCAAUGCUCCUGUUAAGCUUUCAGUCAGAGCUCGAGAAAUUCGAAAAAUUCGAAAACGAAUCAAUCAAUAUGAUAAAAUAUCUGCUGAUGACGGAGAAGAAAAUCAGAAUUAGAUUAAUUUAUCUUUCGUGUUUUUUGUUUUAUUUUUGUGUGUUUUAACGGGUUAGAAUGUAGAGAUUUUAUUAGUUUUCUUUUCUAAUUUUUAAUUUUAUAAAUUUU